CUCUCUCCUAGCUAUGGCUCGCUUGGUUGUGUUUGGAUUGCUCGCGGCAACUUUGUUUCUGUGCUUUCUAGCAGAAGCUCAAGCCGACGGAUACGACUACAAGCCCGAUGAUAAGAAGGUUGCGUACAAGGAGGAGCCGGAGAAGGACGAGGAAGUGAAGAAGCCAGUGUACAAGCCAGAGGAGAAGCAGUACAAGCCAGAGGAGGAGAAGAAGUACAAGCCAGUCUACAGGGCCGAGGAUGAGAAGUACAAGCCAGUCUACAAGGACGAGGAUGAGAAGAAGUAUGAUGAAGACGACAACGAUGACAAGGAGAACUACAAAUACAAGCCACGCUACGAGGCCGAUGACAACGACGACAAUGAAGAUGAUGAGGACGAGGAGUACUACAAGUUCAAGGCACACUUCAAGGCCGGUUACGGGCACAAGAAGUACAAGCCAUACAGGUACAAGGCUGACGAUGACGAUGAUGAGGACGAGGACGAGAAGCCACACUACUACAAGGCUGAUGACGACGAUGAGGAGGAGAAGAAAUACAAGCCGCGCUACUACAAGGCUAAACCAUACUACAAGGGCAAGCCAUACUACAAGGCUGACGACGAGAAGAGGUACAGACCAGGUUACAAGGCUGAGGAGAAAAAGAAGUACAAGGCCGACGACGAGAAGAAAUACAAGCCUGUUUACAAGCCAGUCUACAAGCCAGCUGAGAAGCCAGACUACAAGCCAGCUGAGAAGCCGGUUUACAAGCCUGCAGAGAAGCCCGCUGAGAAGCCAGUUUACAAGCCAGCUGAGAAGCCGGUUUACAAGCCAGUGGAGAAGCCCGCUGAGAAACCAGUUUACAAGCCAGCUGAGAAGCCGGUUUACAAGCCAGUGGAGAAGCCCGCGGAGAAGCCAGCUGAGAAGCCAGUUUACAAGCCCGCGGAGAAGCCCGUGGAGAAGCCAGCUGAGAAGCCAGUUUACAAGCCCGCGGAGAAGCCAGUUUACAAGCCAUCGCCAGCGUACCAAAAGGUUGCUAUCGAAGGUUUUGUUUACUGCCAAGAUGGUUACUCUAAGAAGCCACUCGAAGGGGCUGUUGUCGGUUUGACAUGCACCAAGAGCAAAGCUUAUAAGGAGCAAAAGACCAACGCGUAUGGCUACUUUUACUUUCCUCUCAGCUAUGGCGCUUACAAGGACAUUGACGUGACAACGCUCAAGGUGAGCUUGGUUUCGUCCCCGAGCAAGAGCUGCAGCGUCAUCACCAAUCUCAACAAUGGCAAAUCUGGGGCCGUGGUUGACAAGAGCAAAAGCAAGACUGUUGGCGAAACUCUCAUCUAUGGUGUCGGGCCCUUCGCGUUUGCUCCUGUGGAGUACUACCAUUAUUAACUUCGAUCGAUUGUUAGAAAUUUUUUUUCUCAAAUUUCUUAAUAAAAAAGUCUUUCGAGAUUAUUUAAAACUC